AUGAUUCUGUCUUCAUGUGGUCUUAAUAAGAGUAAUACUCCAACAUCACUUCAACACCACAACCUUACGGUUCUUGAGGAGCUUGACCUCUCAUACAACCCUUUAAACAGCUCAGCUGCACCCAAUUGGUUCUGGAAUGUAACUAGCCUCAAGAGCCUACACUUAGAUGGUUGUGAAUUAACAGGCGUGUUUCCUGAAGAGUUGGGAAACUUGACCUUGUUAGAGACCUUCAGCAUUGAAGGAAACAACAUAAAGGGGAUGAUACCAGGAACACUAAAAAAUAUGUGUAAUUUAAGGUCUCUAGAUUUCAGCAACAACAACAUCAGCGGGGACAUAACAGAGGUGAUUGACAGGUUACCCAAUUGUUCUUGGAAUAAUUUGCAAGAGCUGAGUUUGGUCGGUGCCAACCUCAUUGGCACGGCUUUACCAUUUGUGUCAACCCUUACUAGCUUAAACAUGCUUGAUGUCAGAAACAACAAUUUGAGCAGUCCAUUGCCUGUGGAGAUUGGUGCACUUAAAAGUUUGACUUACUUAGACCUUGGAAACAGCAAUUUGAGCGGUUCAGUGCCCGUGGAGAUUGGCGCGCUUACAAAUUUGACUGACUUAUACCUUGGAUACAACAACUUGAAUGGUGUGAUAUCAGAAGAUCAUUUUGUUGGUUUGAUGAAUUUAAAGUCCCUUGACUUAUCUGAUAAUAAUUUGGAACUCAAUAUUGACUCGCAUUGGGUGCCUCCGUUCAACUUGCAUCGGGCAUCAUUUUCCUCUUGUCAUCUGGGACCCCAAUUUCCAAAAUGGCUUCAACUGCAAGGGAGCAUCAACGACCUUGAUAUUUCAAACACAAGUCUAGUUGGUAAGAUCCCAGAUUGGUUUUGGACUACCUUUUCUGAAACUAGAUAUUUUGACAUCUCCUUGAACCAGCUUAGCGGUGAGUUACCACUCAAUCUGGAGUUCAUGUCAGUGAUCACUCUAUCAAUGCAAUCAAAUCUACUCACUGGUUUGAUACCCAAGUUACCAAAAACAACUGAGGUAUUGGACAUAUCCCAUAACUCUUUAAAUGGGUUUGUGCCAAAUUUCCAAGCUCCGCAUUUGGAGGUUGCAAUUCUGUUCUCCAAUUCUAUAACCGGGACUAUUCCAACGUCAAUUUGUCGACUGCGACAAUUGCGGGUCUUAGAUCUUUCGAACAAUCUGUUUUCAGUGGAACUUCCUAAUUGUGGCCGAAAGGAACUGAAACAACGGAACCCAUCUAGCAACAAUUUUUCAAGAGUCAAUUCAGUGAGUUCUUUCAGUUUGAAAAUCACUACUCUUCUUCUAAGCAACAAUAGCUUUUCAAGUGGAUUUCCUUUGUUCCUACGACAAUGUCCAAGUCUUAUUUACCUCGAUCUUGCUCAAAACAGAUUCACUGGAGAGUUACCUGGAUGGAUUAGUAAAGCAAUGCCUGGUUUGGUUAUGUUACGGUUAAGAUCGAACAAUUUGUAUGGUCACAUUCCAAUGGAAAUGAUGGAACUCCAUGCUAUUCGUAUUCUGGAUCUAUCCAAUAAUAACUUUUCUGGGACCAUACUGCAGUAUCUAAAAAAUUUGAAAGCUUUGACUGGCACUGUAAUUGCUAGUAAUACAGUAAAGGGCAAGUGCUUGAGUAUGGGGAGAAUAUUGUAUAUUUGA